AUGAGCAUGUCAAAAGCAAGGGAAAUUGUGGCGAGUCCGAGCGAGGAAAAUCUAGCGAUUCUUGUCGAUAAACUCUUCAUCAACCGUAAAAACACCAACGAGUAUAAAGCAGCGAAGGCUCUCUACGAUUUCUGCGUCAAAACUUUCCAGAAUGCAUUCACUCGAAUGCUUCUCAUGGUGUAUCGAGAUUCUUCCGAUGAAGUUUUCAGAUUACGAUCGAUCCGUCUCCUCUCUGAAACUCUUUGCGAGUUAAGAGACAAAUGCAUCGAACUCUCUCCCGUCGCUCUCCAAGAAAUCAAGCCAAUCGUCAUUUCUUGCCUUACGAAGCAAGAACACAUGAAAAGAUCUCACGAGGCCAAGAUCUUAGGGACCAUCGUUUCUUUUGUAGCUUACAAUGUCAUGACGUUAAACAACGAAGGAUGGGACGAGCUCAGCGAGUGUAUUCUCUCGCUUGCGGAUACUGAACCUCUCAAGGCUUUCCAUGUAUUUCUUGGUUUGCCACCGAUCAAGAACCGGGAAUUUCUCGACCGGUUUAUGAAGAGAGUUAUGGUGGAAGCCGAGAAGAAGUUGUUGGUUGAUCCCGAGGGAGAAAACUGGCGUUUAGGUUUAGAGACGAUAGUUAAACUAGGGAUUCAGGUGUUGAAUUCUGAAGAUAGAUAUGACUCGGUACAGUGUAAUAUUCUUUCCAUUCUUGUCAAGUUAGCCAGUGGGCUAGAGAAGAAGGGGAUGAAACAGAUUCUGCAACGACGGCUUCAAGGUCUCGAGAAGUUUCUGACACGAGACAAUAACAUGUAUCCUUACAAUGAAGAUCAAUGCCGUUUUGUGUCUGAGUUAGCUGGAGAAAUGGGAAAACGAAGCUUCAAAUUCCGUCCUAGUUUCGUUAAAACACAAGAGAAUUCAUCAUCAUCUGAUCGGCUUGGGGACAAAUAUUUGAAGAGCUUGUCACCAUUACAGAUCUUGGAAAUGGUGGCUUCAAAUAAGCUUGAAGAUUCGGAGCAAGAAUUGGCAAUCAGUCAGCUCAACGUCUUACUUUCUGAUCACACUAACAAGAAGGUACUUAUCGACAUCGAUGUGAUCAGAAAACUCCAGCCGUUGCUCAUCUCUUGCCUUUGGAAAAAAGAAAUCCACUUGAAGACGUUUAAGAUCCUCGGCCAAGUUGUGCAACAUGUUGCAAAAGAGAUCUUCAACGUCCAGGAGGACACAUGGGUCGAUCUACGUGACUAUAUCACAUCCCAUUGUCAAAAAACAGAGUUCGCUAAAGGAUGCCACGUUUUCAGGUGCUUAACAAUGCCACUUGAUGCAGAAGACUUUGUGAUCCCUGUAAUGGAGAAGCUUCUCCCUCAAAUAAGAAGAUUGCUAAACCCACCAAGACAGGUGUUGGAAGAUAAACUUUUCUGGGUCUUGGCGUUUUUAGGUGCCUUUUGUGCGAUCAUUCAAAUGGUAGAGAUUGAAUCUCACGCUGAAUCUGUGACAGAGAUUGAAGACAAGAUGAUAGAGUCAGUGAGACAUCUUGUGGAAACAAGACUGGAGACUGAGCUUGUGAUGAGAGCUUUCGUAAAUAUGAAAAAUGUUGUCAAGGAACAGUUGGAAUGGUACACUUGGAACGAGUUUACAUUCGUUAAGCGUAUGCUUCAGAGGCUUCUCACAAUCCAAGGCAUGGUAAAGGAUGGUAAGCUGUUGUUGGUUGGAAUCAACGUGAUGGUGGAGACGAAAAUGGCUAGUCCUGUUGAGAGCUCCCUGAGGAGGAGCUUGUUUUGCUGA